GAAUACAUGUUUGGCAUUGUUGGUAUUCCAGUCACUGAAAUUGCAAUUGCAGCCCAAGCAGCUGGAAUAAAAUAUGUAGGAAUGAGAAACGAACAAGCUGCCUGUUAUGCUGCAUCUGCUGUUGGAUAUUUGACUGGCAGACCAGGAGUAUGUCUUGUAGUGUCCGGUCCAGGUUUUUUACAUGCCCUUGGUGGGAUGGCAAAUGCAACCAUGAACUGCUGGCCUUUGAUUGUUAUUGGAGGCUCUUCUGACAGAAAUCAGGAAACCAUGGGAGCUUUCCAAGAAUUCCCACAGGUUGAAGCUGGUAGGCUGUACAACAAACUGUCUGUCCGCCCAAGCAGCCUAGAAGUUAUUCCUGCUGUUAUUGAAAAGGCUGUAAGAACGAGCAUAUAUGGUCGUCCAGGUUCCUGCUAUAUUGACAUACCUGGGGAUUUUGUGAAUCUUCAGGUGAAUAAGAGCUCUGUCAAGUACAUGGAAUGCUGUCUGCCACCUCCCGUCAGCAUGGCUGAAUGCUCUGCUAUAUCUGAAGCAGGGUAUAUCAUUGUUCAUUCCAAGCAGCCUCUGCUAAUCAUUGGCAAAGGUGCUGCUUAUUCACAUGCUGAAAACAACAUCAGAAAGUUGGUGGACCUUUGUGGACUGCCUUUUUUGCCUACACCAAUGGCGAAAGGAGUAGUUCCUGAUAACCAUCCAAAUUGUGUAGCUGCAGCAAGAUCAAUGGCAUUACAGCAUGCUGAUGUAAUCAUCUUGCUUGGUGCAAGGUUGAAUUGGAUUUUGCAUUUUGGUCUUCCACCAAGGUUUCGACAAGACGUAAAGGUUAUUCAGAUUGAUAUUUGUGCAGAAGAGCUGGGGAAUAAUGUGAGGCCAGCUGCAAUGUUAUUAGGUGACAUAAACGCCGUGACUAAGCAGCUCUUAGAAGAAUUCAGCAAAAGACCAUUGAAAUAUCCUUCUAAUUCGGAGUGGUGGAAGAGGCUAAGAGAGAAAAUAAUGAACAACGAGGAAAGAUCAAAGGGAUUAGCAUUACAGAAAUCCCUGCCUAUGAAUUAUUACACAGUCUUUCAUCACAUCAGAGAACUGAUACCCAAGGACUGCAUCUUAGUAAGUGAGGGAGCAAACACCAUGGACAUUGGACGAACUAUGCUUCCAAAUUACCAUCCCCGUCAAAGGCUUGAUGCAGGUACUUUUGGAACGAUGGGAGUCGGACUGGCUUUUGCUAUAGCAGCUGCAAUGGUAGCUAAAGACCAAACACCUGAAAAGCGAGUCGUCUGCGUAGAGGGAGACAGCGCUUUCGGAUUUUCUGGGAUGGAGGUGGAGACUAUUUGUAGAUACAACUUGCCAAUCCUGAUUAUCGUAGUAAACAACAAUGGGAUUUACACUGGUUUGGAUGCAGAUGCCUGGAAGGAGAUGUUAAAGUUUGGAGAUCCUGCUAUAUGUGUACCUCCUGUUUCUCUCCUGCCAAAUUCACACUAUGAGGAAAUUAUGUCUGCCUUUGGAGGUAAAGGAUACUUCGUUAAAACGCCAGAAGAAUUGCAGAAUGCCCUGAAAGCAAGUGUCACUGACAAGCAAACACCUUCUCUUAUAAAUGUAAUGAUUGAUCCACAGUCUGAGAGAAAGAAACAGGAAUUUCCCUGGCUGACUCGUUCUAACCUGUAGCAGAUGAUGAAGAUAAUGGUGGUGCAAGGCAGUGCAUUAAGCAAAACUGAAUUGGUUUCCAGAAGUGGAACUGGUACAACUCUCUUUUACAUAAGCAUUGGAACAAAGUGGGAUUUUAGAACUGCUAUUAGAGGAAUCUUUAUUUGCUGAAAUUAAGUGAUUGUAAAAUGAACAAGACACAUAUGAAUGUACACCAGGCCUUCUAGCAGAUUGUACAGAAACACCAAUGAUAAAAUUGCAUGCUUUUUCUUUUCCUCAGAGUCAUACCCAUCAAGAUUUGUGAAUUAAAAUCUUGGAUGUUCUGGAUGAAGGGAGUAAGCUGAGGGUUUUGUACUGACAGAAACAUAGAAGUCUUUGGCAGUCUGCAAUUAUAGUAACUUCAUUUUUAACCGACCACCAGCAUGCUACUUGUUGGAGACUUUGUCCUGUCAGGACCAAAACAAAGCAUCUUGUUGUGAAGAAGUGCUGAUUGGCCUCAUUAUGCAUUGAAGCCCAUUGGGUUGAUAGUCACUUCGUAAUUUUACCGGUUGCUUUUUCAGCUUCUACUGCAUGUAGAAGUAGUGUAUUAAAAAUGCAGAUUUACUCAAGGGCUGAGUUUGUCUAUUGCAUUUGGUUUUGUUAACUGGGACUUACAGUGCUUGCAGGAAAAAAAAAUCUUAGAUUUUUGUUUGAAGUUUUGCUCUUUGCAAAGGCAUAUCAUCCCUGUAGGCUGAAAACAGGACUGGAUUUAUUAGUGAGAUUUCCAGAUCAUAAAUCUUUCUAAUCAGAAGCAUUUAAAAAAAAAAAAAACAACAACAAAAGAACAAAAAAAAGACCAAAACCAAAAAAACCCUCACCAGAACAAACAAACAAAAAGUGUUAGGCUGGAGCUUAAUGUUCAGUUUGGCUGGCAUCACAAAGCAACCACCAGCAUUCACGCUGUGGCUGGCUAAUUGUGCAACAAAGGUUCUUCAUAUGAUGUACUUACUGUAUAGAAACUCAGUGCCUAGCUCACACUGACUGUGAUGCAGAGCUAACAUUUAAAGGAGGUAAUUGGCCUACCUGAGGUUCUGUCUGCUGUGUUUUCAUCUGUUGUUGCAUUUGACAAUCUGACUGACUUCAAAAAUGAAGUAGUUCUUUCUCUAUGCUUCCAUCAUGGCCUACAGCAGCUACUAUUCAGCAUACUACUAAGCAGGUUACUUUAUAUUUACGUCUGUUCUUAAAUGUACUGGGAGGUUCUCUGUUGUUACAUAUGUAAAAGGGAAAAUUCUGGCUCUGAUUUGGGUUUUGGUUGCUUUCUUGUCUAUUAUUCCAUUGACAUUAAGUUUUAGUUAACUAGUGGAAGGCACUUGGAUGACCCAAGAAAGAGGCUGGCAGGGGAUCCUGGCCUACAGUUAGGUUUGUUGCAAAAAGCUUGACUUACUAGUUCUUGCACUUCAGUCUGGGUCUGGCACGAGGCCAUGGGUUACUGUUAGGCAGAGGAAUGUCUCCGCACACUCGUGCGGAAAGAUAGUAUCUGACAUGAGCAAGAGUACCGCAGUCUGACUAGAGGUACCACUUCUUGUUACGUGUGUGGGAAUAGCCACAUGGCGCUAUGAAUGCUUGAGUCCAGAAAGGUAACAUCCUUAGGAGGGCUAAGAAGUGCAAAAAGAGGAAAAACUGUAGAAUGGAUACAAUUCAUGAAUAAGUGUAAGGCUGCUGAGACGUCAGAGUUGCUAUGUUCUCUGGGGUACUCUGCAAGGAAUGUGGAACAACGUUGGAUCUUGUCACCAAUUCUGUUUCGUUCUUCUUUUUAACUCUCAAAAAUUGAUUUUAGUAUGUUGGAGUGAUUAAACACAAUACCUUAUGAUGACGUAAAAUAUCUGUAAGAGUUAAUGCUGGGACUGACCACAGGGGUAAUCAUUUGCACUAGAUAAGCAAAUGCAGAAAUUCUUGUUUUAUAUUUGAAAAUUAAUAAAAAGUGAUUUUCAUCCUGUUUCUCCUUUA